AACGGAGCAAAGGUUAUUAUUGCAGGACGGAAGCAGCGGUGAGGACCCACCCACCCACCUCCGGGGCUGAUCUCACCGCUCCCCUCGCUCUCUGCUCGGUCUCUUCCUGGAUCUCAAGUACGUAGCGAAUAAGUUCUGAAGAUGAGCUACCCAGGAUACCCACCUCAACAAGGGGGAUACCCACCUCAACAAGGGGGCUACCCACCUCAACAAGGGGGCUACCCACCUCAACAAGGGGGCUAUCCACCCCAAGCAGGCGGCUACCCCCCAGCAGCAGGCGGCUACCCACCAGCUGCAGGCGGCUACCCUCCUGCUGCCGGAGGCUACCCCCCACAGGCCGGCGGAUACCCACCUCAGGCCGGCGGAUACCCACCUCAGGCCGGCGGUUACCCACCUCAGGCUGGCGGAUACCCACCUCAGGCCGGCGGUUACCCUCCUGCAGCUGGAGGCUACCCUGCCCCAGCUGGAGGCUACCCAGCCCCAGCUGGAGGCUAUCCUGCCCCAGCUGGAGGCUACCCUGCCCCAGCUGGAGGCUACCCUCAGGCAGGAGCAGGAGGAUAUCCCUCCAUGCCUCCAGGAGGUGGAGGCUGGGGUGCAGCACCAGGCGGCCAUGGAGCGCCAGGAGGAGCUCCGCAGGGAUACCAGGGUGGCCCCGCCCCAGGCCAGCCCAUGCCAAACUACCCAGGAGCCCCCGCAAAUCACCCCUCAAUGCCUGGACAUGGAAGUGGAGUUCAGUCCCAAUCUAUGGGACCUGCCAUUUCUAAAGGGUACAGAGGUUCUUUGAAAGACUUUCCAGGGGCUGAUCCACUGAGGGAUGUUGAGGUUCUUCGCAAAGCUAUGAAGGGUUUUGGCACUGAUGAAAAGGCCAUCAUUGAACUUCUGGGAAGCCGUACCAGCAAGCAGAGGGUUCCAAUGGUAGCAGCCUAUAAAACCACUUAUGGAAAGGAUUUAAGCCACGAUCUGAAGUCUGAGCUCACUGGAAACUUUGAGAAAUUGGUCCUUGCUAUGAUUAAGAGCCCUGCACACUUCGAUGCAUCUGAACUCAGAGAGGCUAUAAAGGGCGCAGGAACUGAUGAAGCUUGUCUGAUUGAGAUUCUUUCAUCACGCUCCAAUGCAGAAAUACGUGAAAUCACCAAUAUCUACAAAUCUGAAUACGGGAAGAGCCUUGAGGACGCCAUCUCCAGCGACACCUCCGGUCACUUCCGCAGACUCUUGAUCUCUCUCUCUCAGGGAAACCGUGACGAGAGGGAGACUGUUGAUGUCGCCCUGGCCAAACAGGAUGCUCAGAAACUGUAUGCUGCUGGGGAAAAUAAAGUUGGAACUGAUGAGUCUCAGUUUAAUGCCAUCCUGUGUGCUCGCAGCAAGCCUCACCUCCGAGCAGUCUUCCAGGAGUAUCAGCAGAUGACUGGGAAAGACAUUGUGAAGAGCAUCUGCAGUGAAAUGUCUGGCAAUGUGGAGUCUGGCAUGGUGGCCGUGGUGAAAUGCACCAAGAACACCCCUGCCUACUUUGCAGAAAGGCUCCACAAGGCCAUGCAGGGAGCGGGGACCAAGGACACAACACUCAUCCGCAUCAUGGUGACCCGCUGUGAGGUAGAUAUGCUGGACAUCAGACAGGAAUAUGUGAAGACUUACGGGAAAUCACUGUACAUUCACAUCUCAGGCGAUACCUCCGGCGACUACCAAAAGUUGCUGCUGAAGCUGUGUGGAGGAAACGACUAAAAGUGAAGGAAGAGAACCCUUUAUCAGGACAAAAUAUAUGUCCAGACUGAAACGAUGUCAUAGGACCAUAUAUCACCUCUGAUGCAUGCAGUUUAAGUUAGUUUUCCUAUGGCAACAGUCAAUCAUUAUUUCUUUUUUAUUCUCUUCAGUAUGUUUAAAACACGACAAUUUCUUUUUGCUGUUGUAUUGUUGUAAGUGAUUGCCAAAUAGUCCAUAUAUAUUCAUAUCCAGAUCUUUUUUUUAAAGAUGCAUUAGAUAACUUUAGAAGCUGUACUUAAUUAAGAUGUUAACAAAAGAAUAUAUAACUAUACUAACUCAAUUAAAGAAUAGUAUUUAAAAUGUCCAAGAAACUGCUAAACUAUAAUUAUCAUUAAAGAAAGUCUUAUUUUGGAAGAACAAUAGAGUUUCAGAAAAAUCAGAAAUAGGCAACUGUCCCGUUUAUCUAAUAUACAAAGUACACAUACAAGGAUAUAUUUAGAAAAUUACUUUCUAAAUUUAUAUUUUCUGUGUUACUCAAGUAAAGUUAGCCUCAACGCCCAGCAUUUAAACUGUGUGCAAGUUACUAUAAACAAAGUUGCGUGACACUACUAUGACACUAUAAUCAAUUUAUGCAUGACUUCAUCGCACACAGAUUAGAUUUGAUCAUUUAAUGCUUGUUAAACUGGCCACAAUGAAAUUAUUAAUAAGAAUAACUAAUUUUUGAUUGUAAGAAACAACAUUCUGCGAAAGAGGCAUCGCUUCUAUGUGUCCAUGUGAACUAACCAGAACUUUACUCCUGCAUGCAAGUCUAUGCAAUUUAGCUUUCUGCCUUAUAUCAGCUUUACACAACUCUUCUGUGUGGUUCUUGAAAAUGUAAACCCUUGCAAUCAUUGUUCGCCAAUUACAGACAAUGUUUUCUUCCUGUACGCUGAAAAGCCAAAGCCUAAAGACAAAUGAAUUUGUGCCUUUUUUUUGGUCAGGGCUGCCUUGUAAACUGUUCAGAGCUAAUGGAUGUUUAACUGUGGUUUAUCUCGCAAACAAUCUAUAAUCAUAGAUGCACGAUUGCAGAAAUGUAAUCCUUCUAUUGUUAAUUUCUCAUUAUUUUUUUCCUGGAGUGUCUUUUACCGGUUCGUAUGUUUUACUGCCAGUAGAGGGCUCCUGAUUCACACAAAGUGUCAUCUCUAAUGUGUGCUGCCUGAGAGGUUGGCUUUGAACCUAAUAUGUAUUGCACUAAGUCUACUUUGCAACCAUCCUUGUAACAUAAUAAUGGUUGAAUUUCAAUGGAUGCCUUAUUAAGAGUUCUAACAUUUUGCCAUUUGAUAGUUUAAGUCUCACAAACAGCCACUCCUAAUUUCAUUAAAAAAAAAACAUUUUGGCAUA